GUUCCGAUGAGUUUCGACGUUUUCGUGCCAAGUUUUGUUUAGUUAUUGUAUAAUAAGAAAAGGUUCUCGUGAAAUUUCACAUCACGAAAGUGUAUUACUACUUCCUGAAUAUUCAGCCCGUCCAAACGGACUGCGGCCCUUAAAACUGUUUGGAAUGCGCUAGCAAACCAUUGCUAGAGUGAGAGACGAUUUAAAAAUGCAAAAUUGGAGUCAAUGGCAAUUAUCAGCUGGUGCUGUCGCUACUCCAAUGCCACAACCACCAGUUGGUUAUGCUGCGCCAGGAGCAGAUCCUAUGGCUAUGAUGCAAGCAUAUAUGCAGUACUAUAAUCAGCCUGCACCUAGUGGAUACACAGCAGAACAAUGGGCUGCAGCUCAACAACAAAACUGGACUCAGUGGCAGCAAUGGCAGCAACAAUAUCAACAAUGGCAGGCACAAUAUGGAGAGAAGUAUCAAGAAACAAUGAAACACAUGUCAACCCAGAAUAUGAGCUUAGCCAAUCAGAUGCCACAGUUACCAAUUGUGCAACCCCCACCACCUCUUCCGAAAGAGGAUACAAAACCACCAUUACCUCCAACUACUAUGAACACAUAUCAAUUUACAAGCAUGCCUCCGCCGCAUCAAAAUAAUCUUCCAUUAUUUCCUGUUAAGCAAAACGCGAAUACUCCAAUGCAACAAACGAAUAUACAAAAUUGCCCUCAGAAUCCUCCUUUACCUCCAAAUCAGCCACCAUUACCUCCUGAAAAUAGCAAUAGUAGUAAAGAAAAUAAUUUAAAUGGUAAACGCAAUAAUAACAUUGAUAGUGAAUCUAAUAGUGUUAAAAAGUUGAAAGUCGAAGAUGAAGAAUUAACUGAAGCCGAGAAAACAUUUGAUGCUCAAUUUAAACAGUGGGAGGAGCAAUUUAAUAAGUGGAAACAGCAAAAUGCUAAUCAUCCGGAUAAGACUCAAUAUAAACAAUACGAAGCAAAAUGGACAUCUUGGAGAGAAAAGCUUAUUGAACGACGUGAACAAAUGCGUAGAAAACGUGAACAACAAAAGCAAACUACUGUCAAAACAGAUGUCGAAAAGAAUAAAAAUUUGCCUGGUGAUGAUAAAAUAUUGAAUAUUUUGUCUAGUACUGAAAAUCAAGGAUUGAUUAACAAUUUAUUAGGAAUUGGAAAAACUCUUGGUUUAACUGGAAAACAAAAUAGUAAUGUACCUCCACCGCCACCGCCACCGCCGCCACCAGCUACAGAAACAAUAACGUCCAACGUUCAAACAGCGGCUACUAUAACAUCGUCUUCUCAAACAGUUUCACAGGUAUCAACUGCCCAAUUACCAGUUAUGAAUAUGAUAUCUUCUAACGUAAUGACUUCGUCACCUUGGAAUUCUCAGCAAUGGGCAUCUCAAUAUAAUGCAGGAGUACCUAAUUUUCCUAAUUUUCAAACUAUGACUGGAGUACCUCCACCACCAUUCAGUAUGCCGCCAAUUCAGAUGCCACCCCCAAAUUUUACGCAACCACCACCAAAUUUUCCUGCUAUACCAAAUUUUUCUCAGCCACCUCCGGGUUUUGUUAACAAUGAUUCACGGCAGAAUCAUAAUAUACGGCCAUCGAUUCCAUCUAAUAUGCAACAAGGAAGGCCAUCUCCGUUUGGUUUGAAUACUGGUGGUGUUCCAGAUGGGAAUUCGAUACAUAACGAACGUCAAAAUCAAGCUGGUCCUAUAAAUAAUUUCGAUUCUGGAGGCCAUAUAAAUAAUUUUAGUGUAAAUGAUCCUGUUCGACAAAAAGGUAUAUCGACAGAACGUUUUGGUUCGGAUGGUAUUAACGAUCAACAAACUAAACAAUAUCGAUGCAAUGAUAUGUUUAAUCAACGAAACGAAAAUUAUAAAUUAAACGGUGAAUGUGUAUCCGAAAGUGAUCAAUUUAGAAGAGAAGAUAGAAAUUAUCAAGAACGUGGGAACAAUCAGUUUAAUCAACAAAAGAUGAAUUUGAACAAUGACAGAUUUGUUUCAGGAAAUGAUCGGUUUGGGCCAGGAAACAAUCGAUUCGGUAUAACUAAUGAUAGAUUUGGAUCUGGAAAUGAUCGAUUUGGAAUGCCAGAUGAUCGAUUUGGAUCUGGAGACAACAGAUUCAUUGCUGGAAAUGAUAGAUUUGGAAAUGAUAGGAUUGGAGGACAAGGAAAUGAAUCUCUUAAUGAUCGUUUCGGACCAAACAACGAUCGAUUUGGUCCAAAUAACGAACCUUAUGGUCCUGGAGGUGAUAGAUUUAAUAGGAAUAAUAUGGAUCGUUUUGAACAAAAAGAUGUAGGGGAUAAUAAUAGGCGCGAUAAUUUUCAAAAUGCUUCAAGAAGUUUCAACAGGAAUAAUAAUCAAUUUGAAUCACCACCCGAUAAAUUUGCUUUAGAAUUGAAAAAACUUAUGGAAAAAAGAAGAGCUGCAAUAGAUAUAUUCAAACCGAGUUAUCUUGAUUCUGAUAAAAGUAGUAAUGUUGGUUCAUUAAGUGAAAGUUUUAAGAAGAUUACAGGUGAUUCUCCAUUCAUAAAAUCAACUGGAAAUCAAAAUUUUGGGCCUCGUGGACCUUCCAAUUUCGGACCAAGUGGACAAGGUAAUUUUAGAAUGGCUGGAGAUUUUAAAUUUCAAGGAAAUCCCGAGUUUGGAUCACGUGGUACUACAGGAAUUGGACGCAACAACUCUUUUGAUUCACGGGAUGCUUCAACUGGAAUAACUUCAUUCAGAGGACCGAAUUUUAGUCCACAGCAAGUACAAGAUUUUAUAAAUACCGAAUCAAGACCAAAUAUGACGAAUCUUGAAACCGAUACAAAUACGAAUAAUGAAAAUAAAACUGAAUCUAUUACUGUAACAGAACAUACUGAGAUAAAUUCUAAAUCGAGCGAUCAAAACGUCGAUAAUACGCAGAAGGAGGAUACAGAGAAUCAUUCGGUUCAAAAGGAUAUUUUAUUGUUAGAAAAGCCACCUUGGAUUGAUUCUCAACUUUCUGAAGAUAAUUUAUUGCAAAAGGAUAGCAUUAAGAAAGAAGAAAUUCCAUCUGGUAAAUAUGACUCCUCAGAACAGAAUCUACAGAAUACGUUUAAAGAACAAACAGAAGUAAAACAAGAACUAUCUAAUAAAGAUGGUAAUGAUGAUAAUGAAAAAAAGGCAGAAGUAUUACCUUUUAUGGGAGAAAAUGAUCCAAAACCGGAAGAUUUAAAUAUGGAACCGCCACCUGAAUUACCUAAUUUGGGCCCUAUUUCUACUAACGAACUUAAUAAUGAUUCUCUACAAAGAACAGACGAAUCGUACGAGACAAAGGAAUCUUCUUCAAAAUCGUUCCCAAACAAUAAUAAUCCUGAAUGUUUUGAUCCUAGAGGACCGUUCGUUUCAACAUUCGGACCAAGAGGAAUGCAAUUUAGACUAAAUGCACCUUUCUUGAGUCCCAAAAGUCCUAACGAUGUUAGAUUUCCUAUAUUUGAGCCAUUCAAUUCUUCUGGUCCAAAUUUGUAUCCAUUAGGCUCUCGAGGAUCUAGUGAUGGACAAUUUGGUCCAAGAGGUUCUAAUAAUGGACAGUUUGCUCCUCGAGGUCCUGAUGGACAAUUUGGUCCUAGAAGUGGCAAUGAUGGAAUAUUUGGUUCAAAAGGUUCUAAUGAUGGACUAUUUGGACCUAGAGUUGAUAAUCAAUUGGGGUUAAAACCUCCUAAUAAUGGACAGUUUGGUCCUAGAUCUUCGAAUAUUGGACAAUUUGGUCCCAGAUACGAUGGCCAGUUAGAUUUAAGAAGAUCUAACGAUGGACAAUUUGGGCUUCAAGGACUAAAUAAUAGGCCAUUUGUGCCCGGUAGACCAAAUGAUCCAUUAUUUGAUAAUCGAAGUCCCUGUGAUUUACAGUUCACGCCUAGAGGACCUAGUGAAGGACAAAUUAGAUUUUCAGGAUCCAAUGAUAGGCUUUUUGGUUCACGACGUAAUGAUUCAUCUUAUCAACGAAGUCCAAACAAUUCGAAAGUAAUAAAUGACGGAUUAUUUCCAAAUAGAUUUAAUGAAAAACAGUUUGAUAAUUCUACCGAUGGAUGUUUUGUUGUCCGAUCUUCAAAUGAUACGUACUUGAGUCAACGAGGUCCACUUAAUAAUUCAAAUGAUAAUUCUUUUCAAUCUCGGGGUCAAGGCGACAGAUUUUUUGAUAACAGACAAGUUGAUGUUAGAGGAAUUGAAGAAGUUAGAUCGAAAAGAUCACUCGACAACAAUACUGAUUCUAAAAUUCAUGGUAGUUCGGAAGUAAGUGGAGGAGGAACAUUUGAUAAUAAUGAGAAAAUAUCGAUCGAUGAAAAUAUGCAGCAGGGAAAAUUUGAUUCUAACGAUAUGCAGAAUCCAGGAUGGAGGCAAAUAUAUUCAAAGAAUAGUUUUGGAGAUAUCGAUCAAAGAUCCGGACGAGGCUAUCCUGACAAAUCUUUGCUUGGUCAAAAUGAAACGUUUAAUCAGAAUAUAGCGAAUAAUAUAGAACGACGAUCUCCUUCGGGUGGAAAUAAAUGUAACAUUCCUGAUAGAAGAUUAGAAAGAGGUAUGACCGAUAUGACGGUAGGUGAUUAUAAGACUUUGUUAGACUCUGAUUAUACGAAAUUGGAUAAUACCGAUACGUAUCUAAAACGAUCCGUAGAUAAUCGACAAUCUCAAAUUAGAUGUUCGACCGUGAAGGAAUUUUAUAUAGAGAAGCAGUUUAAUUACAAUCAUGGCGGGGCUGGUGGUGAAAAAAAAUUUAUCGAGCAUAUACCUGCUAAAAUAAUUGAUUAUGCUCAUACUUCUCGAUCAUCGAUUCAAGAUCAUUUAACUCCUGUGCAAUGCUUCGAUUAUGGACAUGGUAAUUUAAAACCAUUGGUGCCAGAAAAUGAGAUGCAACCAAAGAAAGAUUUCAGAAAUUGGGAGGAGAAUGAGCAAAAUUUGAAAGAAUAUACCGAGAGAAUAAAGAAUUACGAAUAUCACGCGGGUAAGAUAGAAUUUAGCCGAUUACAAGGAGAUUAUAAGCAAAGAAGAAAUAGCGAAGAAUUUAUAGAUGAUAGAAAAUUUGAAAAAGGAGAACGCAAAGAAAAGGAAGAAUAUAAAGGAAAAGAACGCGAAGAUAGGAUAUUAUUUGAUCAUACAAAGUCUGACAAAGAUCAAGAUAAUCGAUAUGACAAGAAUUCUACUAAAGAGAGAACUCGGGAAAGAUGUGAAACUUCUCAAAAGGAAAUGAAUAAAGAAAAUGAUAAAGAAGAAGACAGAUCGAAAGGAAAUAUAAGCUGGCAGGAGAAUUCAAACAAGAACAUCAUAGAUACAAAGCCAUCAGAAACCAGUGUUACAGAUACUCAGCAUAAUGUAUUGGAACCUGCACAAAAGACUUUGGAAUUGGCAAAAACACCAAAUUGCACAAUGGUGGAUGACUUAUUAUGUCCUCCAGGUCGUCAGAAUAGACCACCAAAAAUAGCUAUAAUUUUAAGAGGCCCGCCAGGCAGUGGAAAAUCUUUUGUGGCAAAACUUAUUAAGGACAAGGAAGUUGAACAAGGAGGUUCUGCACCAAGAAUAUUAAGUCUUGAUGAUUAUUUCUUGGUAGAGAAAGAAAUAGAAUCCACGGAUGAUAAUGGGAAAAAAGUUACAAUUAAGGAUAUGAUAUACGAAUACGAGGAAGUGAUGGAACAAAGUUAUAUUACAUCUCUUGUUAAAGCUUUUAAAAAAAAUGUUACCGAUGGUUUCUUCAAUUUUAUUAUACUGGAUUGUAUAAACGAAAAAAUAUCCGACUAUGAAGAGAUGUGGAGUUUUGCUAAAACAAAAGGUUUCAAGGUAUACGUGUGCGAGAUGGAAAUGGAUUUACAAAUUUGUUUAAAAAGAAAUAUUCAUAAUCGCACAGAAGAUGAAAUAAAUAGAAUUAUAGAUUAUUUUGAACCAACUCCAAGUUAUCAUCAAAAAUUAGAUGUUAAUUCAAUGUUGCAGGAACAAGCAAUUGAAGAAGUUCAUAUGGAAGAUAGUGAAGAAACGCAGGAGAAAUCAUCUCAGCAAAAUGAAGAUAGCCAAGAUAGUCAAGAUGAUAUGCAAGAUGCUAUUGGAGUUAGCAAAUGGGAACGUAUGGAAGCUGAAGAUAAAUUAGAUCGAUUGGAUGGACUUGCAAAAAAGAAAAAUGAAGGAAAGGUACAAACUAUGAAAGAUUUUCUUCAAGUUCCUGACUAUUAUAAUAUGGAAGAUACUUCCGGUAAAAAACGAGUGAGAUGGGCAGAUUUAGAAGAACGUAAAGAACAAGAAAAAAUGCGCGCUGUAGGAUUUGUAGUUGGUCACACUAAUUGGGAUCGUAUGAUGGAUCCUACAAAAGGAGGAAGCGCCUUAACACGCACAAAGUUUUUUUCACUAUCAUAAUGACAUUUUUAUUCGACUACAGUAGUGUACAGAAGUGAAAGUGCAAGAUGUCUACAAAUAUUAAAAUUCUUCAGAUGAUGUACGAUUCUAAUGCAGCCUUAUAGAAAUUAUAUUUAUAAUUAGGCUAGUAUAAAUCUUGUUAAUUUAUGUAAAGCAUGCUGUAAUUAUUGUAUAUAAUAUUAAUGAAAUUGUUUUCAUUACAAA